UCCUCUCCUCGUUCUAGUUGUCAACUUCUGGAAGCUCUUUGAUUGAUUGCAACAUCUAUCUCUAUUCUCCUACCAUUUAUUAUUACCUUCGUUUCAAUUUAAAAUAAUGGUCAAUCUCGUCGAAUCUUCAGCUAUUCUCUCUUUAUAUUCUAAUGGUUCCGGUCAAAUCAAAUACCUAAGGCAAAGACAGAUCAAAGACCAUCUUCCUCCUCAACUAUUCUCUCUUUAUAUACUACAAAUCUCUCUGUUUCUUCUGUUCCAUCUUCUCUGCUCAAUAACCUUUCUCUUCCCCAUUCUCUUGUUCUUGCUUCUGAUUGAGUCUAUAUAUUGAUAAAGCCAUGGACGCCAAUCGGAAAGCUCACCCGGAUUGUCGAUAUUCUGCAAACCCUUUCCAUGAAUGUGCUUCUGAUUGUUUAGAGAAGAUUGCUCAAGGCCGUGGAAAGAAGCAUUCAAAAAAGCAAGGUUCAACGAUUCUUAGCCUCCCGGGGAGUUUCGGUAAGAAAAAGACAGAGUCACAGCCACCGUCACAUCUGAAUUCAAGGCCAUAUCAGAACGGUGCUGCCAAUUCCCCAAAGGUUCGUCAGUCUAGACCUUCACCAAUAGCUGUGAAGAAGACAUCAGUUCCAGAAGCGAACAAAUCGUUACACUCUCUAUCGUCUGAUGAAAUCUCUAUUGACCUCAACGUCAAUGGUCAGCAUGAUUCUUUCAACCGUAAGCCGCAGAAGCCAUCACGAACGGUUCCUCUAUCCCCAAACAGCAUGGUUGAUAAUAGCAAAACUGUAUCACCAAAACCUCGAGAACAUAAACUCAGUAGCAAGAAUGACACAGUCAGUGAGAUUAGUGUCUUCAAUGUUGUAAGCCCUCCAAGAUCAUAUGCCAAUGACGACGAUGAUGAUGAUGAGGACGGAGUAGAGUUAGACCUUGUAUCAGUAAUGUCGGACUCGUGUGUUUCAGUUGGAAAAUACCGUGUGAACUCAUGUGUUUCCACAAUCCUACGAUCAAUCCUCGACAAACAUGGAGACAUAGCCGCAAACUGCAGGCUAGAAUCAGCAUCUAUGCGAUCCCGAUACCUAGAGUGCCUAUGCUCAUUGAUGCAAGAACUUAGGUCAACCCCGGUUGGACAGUUGACCGAACUAAAAGUAAAAGAGAUGCUCGCCGUUCUAAAGGACUUAGAGUCUGUGAACAUCGACGUUGGAUGGAUGCGUUCGGUUCUUGAGGAGUUUUCUCAGUAUCAAGAGAACACAGACUCAGAGAAAGAGAGGCAAGUAGGAUUGGUGAGGUCUAAGAAACAGGAAAUGGAGAUUCAGGAGGCUGAUUUGGCUCGGAUUGAAAAGGAAGUAUCGGAAGCGAGGUCGAGGGUCGAGGAGAUGAAAGCCGAGCUGGCUGAGCUCGAGACAGAGCGGUUGAGGAUGGAGGAAAUGGGAUUUAAGGUUGAGAAAUAUAAAGGGAAGUCGUUUCUUGAUGAGCUUCUGUGAUGUUUGUUAAUACAAACUACAAAGUAAAUCUAAUACUCCCAUAAGAUUAAUACAGUGUUUAGUUUAUGUUUGAGUAUAAGAUGUUCUUUAAUAGUCUAAACCUGAUCUGAGUCAUAUUAUGGUGAAUUAUUCACCAAAGGGUAUUAUUUUCUUGUUUUAUUCUUUUUGGUCAUAAUAUAUAUUACUUUGUAUUCCAACAAAUCAAAAGAUAUAUUACUUUGUCUUAUUCACAUGUCUUGUAAUA